AUGGCACGCAUUUUCAUAACCGGUUCCUCCGACGGCAUCGGUCACCACCUGGCAAGAUCUCUCAUCAGCGCUGGCCACGCUGUAACACUCCGCGCACGCUCUCCCCCCCGUGCGCAGGAAACCCUCUCCGCCACCCCUGGCGCGGCCGGCAUCCUCGUCGGCGACCUCAGCAGCAUCGCGCUGACCGAAGCCCUUGCUCACGAAGCCAACAUAUCCGGGCCCUUUGAUGCCGUCAUCCACAAUGCGGGCGUGGGCUACGCGACAGGCCGACAGAUGACGGAGGACGGGUUGGCGAUCGCGUUCGCGGUCAAUGUGCUGGCCUCUUAUGUGCUGACCUGUUUGAUGGAGAAGCCGCGGAGGCUGGUUUAUUUGAGUUCGGGGUUGCAUCGGGGUGGUAGGGAAGACUUGGUUGAUGUGGGGUGGACGGACGACGGGAGAGAUUGGGAUGGGAUGCGGGCUUACAGUGACUCGAAGUUGAUGGACGUCCUGCUCGCGUUCUCGGUUACGAGACACUGGCCGGGUGUCUCCAGCAAUGCGUUCUCGCCUGUUUGGGUUAAAACUGAGAUGAGUGGAUCGGGCGCUUCUGGGUCCAUAGAGAAGUCUUGUUGGGCUUUUGGGAACGCUUGCGACUGGAGACCUGGAGGAGGUUGGGAGUGGGAAGUAUUAUGCUGCGAAUUAGGCAAAUGA